UUGCAUUGUGGCUUCUUCCUCCUCCAGGUGUUUCUUUCCUCUCGCCCCGAAGGAGGACAGCGUGCAUCCUCAUCUUCAACUCGUGCACCAAUUAUCGACGAAGACGAGCAAAUCAAUUUAAAUAACACUUAAAAAGAAAGAAAAGACAAAAGAAAAAGGAGGAGUAAGGGUCCCAUUACCCCCCCGUCCCCCACACACACACCCCACCCAGCCCCCCACCCGCCCCGCGCCCCGCCAGCCACAGCGGACCGACACGACGGUGCGAGCCGACCCCAAGUGCCGUUCACCGGGCGAUGCCAGAGUAAAUGCCGGGGCGAUGUCCCGCCGCAAGCAGGUGAACCCGCAGCACUUGUCGUUGAGCCACCGGGAACCGGCGCCAGCCGACGCCAAUGACGCGGCGGCGAGAUCCCCGUCGCCGGCCCCCUCCGCCGCCCUCCGGGGCACCGAGGAGCACGACCUGCUGACGUGCGGGCAGUGCCAGACCAACUUCCCUCUGGGCGACAUCCUGGUCUUCAUCGAGCACAAGCGCCGCUUGUGCCGCGGCCCCUCGCAGGGGGCGCCGGGCUCCUUCUCCGUCAAGCCCGGGGAGGCGGGCGGCGCUGCCAGCAUCCCCAUCUCCCCCCGGGGCCACGCCCUGGAGGUGGGCAGGGGUCCCCCCGUGCUGCCCGUGGAGGUGGGCGUGCAGGUGACGCCCGGCAGGGACGAGGACGUCCACAGGAGGCUGACUCCGGCCAAGGGGAUCUGCCCCAAACAGGAGAAAGGAGAUAAAGACGAGCCGUCCAGCUACAUCUGCACCAGCUGCAAGCAGACCUUCACCAGCGCCUGGUUCCUCCUCCAGCACGCCCAGCACACUCAUGGAAUCCGUAUCUACCUGGACAACCACCUGGCCAACUGCUCGCUCACCCCCCGCAUGGCCCUGCCGCCCCCGCCGGGUGCCAACGCCCUACCCCGCUCGCCGCUGCCCACCUUCUUGGGCGACGCCAACAACCCCUUCCACCUCCUGCGCAUGGCCGCACCCUUGCUCAGGGAACACCCCCCGCCGCCGGGCUUCAUGGAGACCCGGCUGCCGGCCACCCCUCCCUUUAUGAGCCCGCCGCCCCCUCCCAGGCCCCCGCUGGAGCGGCUGGGUCCGGAGGAGAUGGGGCUGCUUUCCCAGCACCCCAGUGCCUUCGAGAGGGUGAUGCGCCUGACCCCGAUGGAACCCCCAUCCAUGGACUUCUCCCGGCGUCUGAGGGAGCUGGCAGGUAACACCAACAACAACGGAGGGCCGACGCCGCCCUUGUCACCCAACCGCGUGCCACCCAUGCACCGCCUGCUAAGUCCCGCCCUCUUCCAGCCGGGCUCCAAGCCGCCGGCCUUUCUCACCUACGCCCCGCAGCCGCCGACCCCGCAGGGCGCACACGGUUCCUCCAGUCCCCCUGACACCCAGGGUCAGAACCAGUCAGCGGGGAAAUCCAAAUCCUGCGAGUUCUGCGGCAAGAUCUUCAAGUUUCAGAGCAACCUGAUCGUGCACCGCCGCAGCCACACCGGAGAGAGGCCGUACAAGUGCCACCUGUGCGACCACGCCUGCUCCCAAGCCAGCAAGCUCAAGAGGCACAUGAAGACACACAUGCACAACAAGUCCGGCUCCAUGGGCGGCUCCCCCGAGGCCGAAAACCCGGGAGAGGGAGUAGAAGGCGAAGACAAGCUCAGGGAGGCCGACGGAAGAGUCAUGGGGAUGGACAACGAGGAGGAGGAAGAAGAGGAGGAGGAGGAAGAGGAGGAAGAAGAGGAGGAGGAGGAGCUAAGGAAUGGAAGUCGGCCAGAUUCCAACCUAAGCGAGGACUCCCGAGAGUUCAACCCCAACCGGGAGAACGGGCCCAGGCAGAGUCCCAAGGAGAAGCACCUGGGAGGGGAGCGGGUAGGCGAGAGCGGCGGGGUGGGCAUUAUGCACCCGUACAACCAUCUUGACAAUCACCUCAGACUGAACCCCAACAAAAGGAGCCUGGAGAGGCAGCCCAACGGGGACGGCCCCAACGGGGGGCCGGACCCGGACCGAGAGCGGCACAGCGACAGGGAGCGGGUCAGGGAGCCGGCCGAGCCGGACCCCAGGCCCUUGAUGAACGGCAGGAUCGGCGUAUCGGAAGCGGAAUCCUUCCCGGGGCUCUUCCAGCGCCGACCCACGCCCAUCACCAGCCCGAGCCCGUCCAACAACAACAAGAGGAUCAAGAUCGAGCGGGAGCAACUGGAACUCCCGCCCGCGCUGCCGCUCAUCUCGCCGGAAAACGUCUACUCCCAACUCCUUGCCGGGUACGCCGCCUCGCGCCACUUCAUCCGGGAACCCUUCCUGGGCUUCACGGACUCGCGUCAGUCGCCCUUCGCCACCUCCUCGGAGCACUCCUCCUCCGAGACGGGCAGCCUGCGCUUCUCCACACCGCCGGGGGAGCUGAUGGAGGGCGGCAGCGCCUCGGGCCGAAGCGGCAGCAGCACGCCGCACCUCAUGCGCGGGCCGGGGCCCGGCCGACCGCCCAGCUCCAAGGACCGCCGCAACGACACGUGCGAGUACUGCGGCAAGGUGUUCAAGAACUGCAGCAACCUGACGGUGCACCGGCGCAGCCACACGGGCGAGCGGCCCUACAAGUGCGACCUGUGCAGCUACGCCUGCGCCCAGAGCUCCAAGCUGACGCGCCACAUGAAGACGCACGGCCAGUUCGGCAAGGAGGUGUACCGCUGCGACAUCUGCCACAUGCCCUUCAGCGUCUACAGCACGCUGGAGAAACACAUGAAGAAGUGGCACGGCGAACACUUGAUGGCCAGCGAGGUCAAACUGGAGCAAGCCGAGCGAAGCUAAGCGUCUCACGCGCACAUAAACAUACACGUACGCACACUCAUCUUCCCUAUUAUCCGCAAAAGUUCAAUGGAGGCAAAUGGACUCUCGUUGCUUGUUAAAGACACUUCACCUUUCAUCCAAAAAGCUUCUUCAAUUGCAAACGUGAGGUGCGGAAGCUCCACUUGGCUGCGUGUUAUUGCCCCGCCCACCGACUCCUCCCCCUGUUACGCUGCGGGUCAAAUUGCAAGUUGUUAGUAAUGUUACAGUAUAAAACAUCAUCUGCUUGGCUGAAAAAGUUGAAGUUUACAUAUUUGCAAGGAAAUGGCUCGAUAAUUAUUGUUUUUGUUUCAGACACUUUUGGGAGAUUUACACACGCCACACCGGGUCAAAUUGACCCGGUGUGGCGUCUCCACACCUCCAAUUUAGGACUCCAGAAGCCUUUUGGAUUAAAAAGUGAAAUGUUUUUAUCCAGUUGCCUCGAUUCAACUUUUGUGGACCCGGAUGACUGAGAAUCUACACAGACAUCUUUCCUAUGACUACUUGGAACAAGGGGCAUGGCCGGAUAAUCUCUCUUUACAUAUAAAAAAACAAAAAACAACAACAAAAAAAAACAAGACUGAUUGGUGUUUUUUUAAAUUUUUUUGAAAUUUUAUUUCCCUCGUCGCCUGAGAAUAUUCAAACUUUAAACCUUUGUCCGGAGCCGUUUGAGGAUUUUAGGAAUUCCAUGGAGCCUUUCUACUGUGCAAUAAUUUCUGUAUUUAUUGGAUUACUUUGUUUUUUUUUUAAGGUAAUAUUUGGCAUGUGCAGAUACAUCUUUGUGGGGUUUUUGUUCAAAUGUGCUCAAAUUAUUAUAUAUAUUUUUGGGGAUUUCUAAAAAUAAUUGGAAAGACGUCACCCUUAAUAACGAUGAUAAUUCAGUUUUGUCCUCCAAGGAAGCUUAUUAUCACGUGAGUGAGCAAAUGAUGUUUUCUAUAUGCUAAAUGCAGCAGCGGACUACAAUCCAGCCCCUCCUCUCCAGAACUGCUCAAUGUCCGCCUGACAAUAAUUGAAUUUUUAAAAAUGAAUUUAUAGAGGGGAAACGUGCGCUUAAAAAUAAGCAAAUACAGUUGCUGUAUUGCAGUCGGCCAGGACGUAAAACAAACGGGGCAAAAAAAAAAACAAAAAAAAAAGCUUGCACUUAAUGCAUUCGCCCGUGUAGGAUCGAACCACCAUAUUUAAUAUGUCCAAUUGUUAAGUUAAGACUACUUGUAAUUCAUGUGAGAAGGGAACAGUCCCGUUUGUGUAAAUAUAUUCCUUUUUUAUGGUUUGUUUUUUCAAAAAAAACUAUAUAUAUGCGCCCUGACUGUUUUCUGAACGAGGCGGUCUAAAAACAAUCAAGAAGACCAGCUGCUUGCGUCGUCAUCCCGCGCGUGUGUGUGUGUGCGUGCGUGUGUGUGUGUGUGUGUGUUAAAAUGCGUUAUUGCCUCAGGCCCCUCCCAUCUACUCCUCAUUAACCCUUCUGGUACAUUGUAGGGCAAAUUGACCCAUUUUUUUGCUACAAAACAUCUUCUGCUUGGUUGAAAAAGUUAACUUCACAUAUUUGCAAUGAAAUAAAUUGCAAUGGAGUUCAGAUUUUGUUUUGUUUCGGACACUGUGUGGAUAUCCACACGUGCGCCGAGUCAAACUGAAGCGUUUUAAAUUGUGAGAGGAGUUUUUGGGGCAUGAAACUUUUUUUCUGCUUGGCUUGGUAAGUGUCAUCGGUGGACAGAACGGCUCAAUGCUGAUAUUUGCAAUGAGAUAGAUUGUAAUGGUUUUGGCAUGAAAAUUGUUCAAUUCAAUACAAAAUGCAAUUCAACUCUUUUUGGAUGAAUAAAUAAACCAGGUCAAAUUGACCUACCUUAAAUUGUUAAAAGUAGUUUUCAGGUUUGAAAUCUCUUUGGCUUGGCUUAAUAAGCAUACAUACAUACAUACAAAGAUUAGUUUCACGUAUUACUAUUAUUAUUAUUAUUAUUUUUUUUUUUUCAAAUGUCUCUGACACUUUUUGGAUAUUUACACACCGACACCAAGUCAAAUUGACCCAUUUUAAAUAGCGAAAAUGUUUUCACGCAAUCCAAUGAUUAAAAUAAUUUGUUGACACUUGCACACGCCCCGGGUCAAACUGACUCAGUACAUUUUUUUUUUGUUUUUCUUCUGUUGCUCACAAACUAAUGUGAUAGGAGGGUUAAAACAAACAAAAAGAAGCCAUUCAGCAUAAAAAUGAACAGGGAGGCAGCAAAAUAACCACCAAAUAAUAAAAGAUUGGAUAUGAGUUAUGAUAAUGUUGAGCACAUCUGGCCGCAUGACCUUGAAGGAGGCAACCCCCGCACCCCCGCGCACCCCGACUCCCUGACUCGUUGUCAAAAUGAAAGGCAGGAGGAUGAAGAUGUGUGAGCGCUAUUGGCGGCGGGACCUUGACCAGGCACACAAGAGUCAUUCAAAUCAAAUUGGAAGCAUAUGAAAUGUGUUUUUUUGGGACAGGCAGCAUCUUCUUUUUGGGAGGGAGGCAAGACAGCGAAAGCCACAUGAAAGCAGCAGACGCCAUAUUUCAUUUGAAAACAACAACAACAACAACAACAACAACAAAACCAACAACAAAAUAAAUACAUGUCCUCGGCGUCAUUUGGAUUCCAAUAAUGGGCGGCGAAAUCCCUGAAUUCUGAUCAGGUUCUGACAUGAAUCCACACGAUAUGUUUACAAAAAUAUGCCAUCCUUGAAAUGUACUUGCAAAUAAUAAGUAUUGUUUCCUCCCUUUUUCAUUUUUGGAACACCAUAUGCAGUUUUGUGUUCUGGUGGAGGGAUUUUAAAGUUACACAAUCAUGUCAGAGUGAGGUGCCAUCUUGUUUUGUUUUAUGGGGAGAAGAAGAAAAAAAAAUCUGAAAAAAAAAAGACGACUUGCAGGGACACUUUUACACUUAAUGAGACAAUUUUUGUUUUAUGUGCGUGCGUGCGUCCUCAUGGUUGCUUGAAGGUCUUGUGAUGACAAAAAAAAAAAAAAAAAGAGAGAAAAAAAACAACAAGAGACCCCGAUUUCACUUUUCACAACUUUCACUUUGGCUCUUUGUACAAAAAUACUUUUUUUCUCGUUGCUUUUUAUUUCCGGUGGGAACGAGGGAGAGGGAGGGCGGGGAAGGGAGGGAGUGCAUUGUUGUGAAGACAAAAAACAAAACAAGUCAUCUCAGAACACCUGCUGUUUUGAGCAUAUAUGUAUUUUUGUAACGUGUUGAAAAAUCAAUACAAGAAAGCCAACACUUCAAUAAAUGUUGCAAUUGCUCUAUGAUUGAACACGCUCUGCAUUGGCUGUCAUUUUCCCUUCUUUUUGUUGUUGUUGUUAUGCCACCGAGAUCGAGUCACCGGCACGGUUCCCACGGCAACACGCGUAGGGAAAGGAGGAGGAAGUGGAUGCUUUCCGUUAGAGCGAAGCACACGUUUUUUUUUUUCCCCGAAAGACCAGUCACACCACAGCAAUCACACACACACACACACACACACACACUAAUAAAAAAUUCUAAUUAUAUUAAUUUCCUCAUGAAUUUAAUGACUCAAUUAUAAAGUCUGUGAUGCACAUUGGCUCGUUUACAACAAUUAUUUUCAUGAAUUCUUGUCACUAUGUUUACAUAUAUGACAAAACUUUAUAAGAAAAUUGUGCAUUAAUGGAUUUCAAGUAAGACACGAUUGUCAACGUGUUUCAUUUUGGCAUCAAAAGCGAGCAUAACACAGCAUAGAGCUUUUUUUUCCCUUUUCCCUUUUUUUUUUUUUAACUCUGUAUAAAAAAUAUAAAGUGUAUUGCAUUUAUGCAAUCAAUAAACUGUGCCAGAGAACACAAAAUGAUAUUUCUGCAUGUAACAAUAACAUUUUGAACUCUGAAAAAUGA